GUAGCAAGAUCAGUGAAGCAUUUCAGUCAUACAGACGCAGAGGUGGGGAAACUGUGGUUUUAGCUUCAGCUCAAUCUGCUUAGAGAUUUUUUUUUCCUCUCAGAUUUUCUUUGAUGUAAAACUGCAUUUUGACUGAAAGCUGUCUUAACCAGCAGCUGUUUCAGCACCUGGAGUAUAAUUUUUUACUUACCUUUUGAAUCAACACCCUUUGACAUCGAGGAUCAAAAUUAAUUAACAAGAUUGAAAAUAUGGAUAAUAUUACUGCAGAAGAUUAUGUCACCUGGGCAGCCAACGAUUCCGAUGAGCUCUGCAGCCUCAACCCUACGCCUGCAGAGACCCUCUCCCAAACCAGCAUCCACUCCGUCAUCUGCGCCCUCGGCCUGAUCGGCAACGUUCUGGUGAUGAUCACUUAUGGUUUCUACAAGAAGACCAAGACCAUGACAGAUGUUUAUUUGUUCAACGUGGCUGUGGCAGACCUGAUCUUUGUGGUGGCUUUGCCUCUAAUUGCAUAUAAUGAGCAGCACGAGUGGCCCAUGGGUUCUGUGGCUUGUAAGAUGCUUCGCUCAGCCUACAGCAUCAACCUGUAUAGCGGCAUGCUGCUCCUCGCCUGCAUUAGUGGGGAUCGAUACAUCGCCAUCGUGAAGGCCAGGCGCUCCUUCGGCUCUCGAUCCCAUGCUGUCACAUACAGUCGCCUGAUCUGCUCAGUAGUUUGGGUGUUUGCACUGGUUUUAACUCUACCUACAGUUAUCUACACUGAGCUCUUUGAAGAAGAGGAUCUGAUGCAGCAGACCUCCACUGUGACAUGUACCCUGUCUUUCAAAGACACAAAGACAGCAAGGCUAAUGAAGGUGAUGGUACCAAGCCUGCAGAUGGGGGUUGGUUUCCUUUUGCCUCUGUUGGUGAUGGUUUUUUGCUACUCAUGCAUCUUGUGCACCUUACUGAGAGCCAAGAAUAACCAGAGGCACAAGGCCAUCCGGGUGAUAUGGGCAGUGGUUGCGGUCUUCAUUGUGUGCCAUCUUCCCUACAACGUGGUCCUCCUGAUCCACACUAUGUCCCUUUUUACUGAGAGAAGCUGCGAGGCGGAAAAAACCAAACUCAUGAUUUUGGCCACUUUCAGGAGCAUAGCCUACCUCCACUGCUGCCUCAAUCCCAUGCUUUAUGCGUUUAUUGGAGUGAAGUUCAGGAGCCAUUUCCAGAAAAUACUGUCUGACCUUUGGUGCUUUAGUAAAAUGUACCUCUACUCUGCUCGCUCGUCACGUGGGACUUCGGAAAUUACCAAUUCAGGCCUGAAAGCCUCAGACGGUUCCAACAUGUCAUCCUUCAGUGCCUGAUAGCCACAGAGUCCUCUAGUGACCUCUCAUUUGUCCAGUACAUUUAUUUUAUUGUACCCCCAAAUGUGUUGGAUUGAAAGUUAAUUAAAUGCAGGUUAUCCUAAAAAGAUAUUACAUGUUUAAAUUAGUUCAUCCCUAGGUUCAUGCAGGAGCUUUGCUGAUCAUAUAUAAAUCCAUACCAGCAAAACCACCGAAGCCCCUUAAGUAGAUCUUAGUGGGGUAUCACUUGGAUAUUAAAAUACCAAUUGUACAUAAUUGAAACUUUUUGAGGACAGAAUGCAAUAUUAAGUGUUAAUAUUCAUAAUUUUACAUUAACCAUUUUAAGGUUUGUUCCUUUUUCCCACUGAACACAUUAAUGUUGUAACAAUAAUGGCCUUUUUGUUAGGAUCCGGACUGCCACAAUCUGCCCUAUCAGUUGUAACUCCUAUGCCUUUAAACGGGAUUAACCUACUGAAAUAUAUAACAGGCUAUAUGUGCAAACAUAUAGUAGAUAACUAACUUUAAUGUAAUAACACACAAGAAAACAACAACAAGCAACAAUUACUAUUGUGUCUCAUAUUUAUCAACAUUCGCUCUUUGGGCUUGAUUCAAAUUCCAAAAAUAAGUGAAGGGCUACUCUUAACCUUUCACCAUGUUAAGCAGCAGCACCUAGAUCCCAAAGUGGAAUAUGGUUUAUGUCAGUUGGGAACCGGCUUAUAUCAGUUACAGUAGAAUGUGGUUUAUACCAGUUCUUAACCGACAUAUGCUAGUUGCUAACCAGCAUAUGCCAGUUGGAAACUGGAAACUGUUUUAAGCCAGUUGGAAAAGGGUUUAUGCCAGUUGGGAACCGGCUUAUGCCAGUUG